AUGUCUUUCGGAAACUACAAGGUCUUCUCUGAUGAACUACGCCGUAUCUUCCUCCAAGGCAAACUCAAACUUCCGAUGUAUCAGUCACUUUCAACUGUGCGCUCGCCUUCUUGGCAGAAAUUCGUUCGCUCGCUGGAUGUCCCAGAAUAUCGAGGGCGACCAGCGCUCAUGUGGGACAAGAUUCGUGAUCAGGGUCGUGCCGAAGCUCAGCUAAAUAGGUUAUUCUGCAAAGGGCGCCACACGCUACUGCAGAACGUUUCGGGCAGCGGCAAGACCAGCAUUUUGAUGGAGGGCUUGCGGCAUCACUGGGGCCUUUACUUCGUCGGUGUCGUCGACUACAGUGGCAUUGGCUCGAACGAUGUGCCUCAUCUAGCCGAGAUCGCCAGGACGUACCUUCUCCAUGAUGAAGAAGCGCGCCUCGAGAUGUUGAAAAUACCCCUCCUGAUCCGCCUCCUGGCCUUCGAGCUAUAUGUCGAAACAAUAGACAUGACCAGGGUGACACAAGAAGACCGCGAAUCCUGGCUUCUGGCGCAGGCCUGCGGACUGCAAUUCUUCCGCACAGCCGACGAGUAUAGACGAUUCUCGUCAAACGCGUAUUGGAACCGUAUAGACGUCAACAAGGAGAUAGACAGCGCCAUCACACGGAUCCAGACUUUGACGAACGAUGCCGACUUCCAUCUCUACGGUGUAAUCGACAAAGCGCAGGCACUCGCUCUAAAUCUUCUGCCGACCCACCCCGGAGACCCUUCGACUUCAAUACACCGCGAGAUAGCGCGAUCGUGGGAGCAGUAUCCGUGGCUCACGCUCAUCAUCUCUGGAGAUACUUUCCCCUACAGUCAAUACCACCAUGUCGAAACAGACACGCUACACACUCCACAACGGCGCGUGCGACAGAAUUAUGGACAUCCCAUCGGCUCCUUUCUCCUCGGCGAUAGUCAAUGGGGGCUACGGCAGCUCGCCCAUGCGUAUCGCAAGCCCCCGCCCGAUUCUUGCGAUUGCCUCAGUUAUCACUUGACUUCAAUCACUGGAUCCUCUGACGGCGCGCAGGUAUCAGAGUUUCUCAGUCAUUUCUUGCCUCCAUCCCUGGCUGCGAAGACGAAUGGGCAACGUUUGAUGCAGCGGGCGAGCGCUUGGCUUCAUGGCAGGCAUUGCUUUUCGGCCGCAUUCGUCCAGUUCUUUUUGGACCACGGGCCGAACGCGCCCCACACUCUUCUAGACCAUUACAUCGCGAGGAUGACCGGCUUUCGACCUGUCGAUUCCACCGCCCUAGUUCGUCGAGAAAAACGGAUCGCGGACUAUGCAGAGAGGGCAAUCAGUCCCUUGCGAGCGGUCAACAAAGAAACGUCGUUCUUCGCCAGAGGCACCCUGCAUCAUAUCCUCUACCAAUACCUCACCACCGCGAGCUGCGACAAAGUUUUCGGCAGCAGGGAUUGCAUAGAGCUGGUUGAAAGCGGGGCUGGUCGUUUCCGCGACGACAACGCCUCACAGAUCGUUGUCGACGAGCCCCUCUCUCUGAUUUCCGCUGCGCAAUGGUUCUGUGAAUCCGAAGAUGCAGCAGACAGCGGCUCGUUCUUCUCCAAGGACCUCAUCUAUAGCGAUCAUCCUCAAAUAUCGAGCGCCCGAGACCAUGCGGCUUUUCUGCUCGCUUGCGCACUCAACGUUCCGCGCAAACUCAGCAAGCUGUUCAAUAAUUUGGAUACGCCAGCGUCGCUGAAUGCGAAGACCGCGGAGCUCGUCGAGUUCCAUCGCACGUUGGACGCGACGGUCAGAUAUCGACCGUUCCGAUAUGGCGAUCUAUCCUCCAGUCAUCCCUCCAUCAUCGCGACCGAUUGCACCACCUAUGAAGACGUUCUCGCAUGGCUACGCCAUGAACACACGUCCCCCGUGUGUUUCCUGCCCGACCAGACGAGCCUGCUCUUCGCACUCAGGCUUUCUGAUGGUUCAUUCGUAUGGGUCAUCGCUCAGACCAGCUCAUCCUUAUCAUCCUAUUUUCCCCAUUACUUCUUACCUCCGAGUUCAAACGAGAUCUGGCCUACAUGCACGCCGACGUCCAUGACAGAUGAUUCGGAGGCUACAACCCUCUUAUCAGAUAUUCCUGCGCCCUGCACGUUGCUCAGGUCACCGCCUAUCAUAGCGGUCGCUUUUUCUUCACCCGAAAGGCCGCCUCCAAAAGAUAGGACCACCUGGAAUCGGACACUCUUUGACCGGGUCGAAGCCGCGGUGUCACAGCGCGAUAUCCUACUUCGCCUUGUAGCGAACAUCGUGCAGCUCGAUGCGGCGCCUGCAUCUGACCUGCUGGAUCCCCUUGACAAAGAUUCGCACCUUCUUGGCCCAACUUCAAAAUCCGCCUUGAAGUUGCGAUCCAAAAGAGAGCGGCAACUCAGAACGAAGGACUCAGGGGACAGCUAA